UCCUUAGCCUUGUCCUCUACGCGUCGGUGUGAGAGAGUUCACCCGGAGAGGCUUGUGCGCGCUUGCGCGCUGGCCGCCUACCUCGGGGGAUUGCUGCGGGUGCCUGACAUUAUUGUUGCCUAGAUCCCCCUUGCAUGUAGCUUCUGCAAUGGCUGGAGCCCUAAAGAAGACCACUGGUCUUGUGGGAUUAGCUGUAUCUGAGACACCACAUGAGCACCUCAGAAUACUCUAUACAAAAAUUCUUAAUGCCCUGGAGAACAUUCCAAAAGAUGCAGCGUAUAGGAGGUAUACAGAGAAAAUGGUAAAUGAUCGGUUUCAUAUGGUAAAUACAGAACCUGAUGUGGAAAAAUUGGAAAAUAAAAUCAAUUGUGGACAGAUAGAAGAAGUUAUUUCACAGGCGGAAAGUGAGCUCCAUCUAGCCAGGAAAAUGGCACGAUGGCGACCAUGGGAGCCUUUAGUUGAAGAACCUCCAGCUGACCAGUGGAAAUGGCCAAUAUAAUUGUCUUUAUUUGUAGUUCAGACUAGAAAAACAUGUGAUUAAAUUUAUGCUGGAUAAAACUCUUUAAUGUUAUGUAUAAAGUUACCUACCUAAAAGA